AUGGGAGCAGAGAGCUCAGCGCAGCGGGACGGGAAGAGCCAGGAGGAUGCCUCAGUGUCAGUGUCAGCCUCAGCCGGGGAGCUCAGUGCGGAGGUGAAGGUGAUCCAGGAGGGGGGCAGCGUCCUCGAUGGCAAGCCUCUACAGAAGAAUGGCCAAAUCUCCAGCACGACCAGCCUGAACGGACACUCUGAGGACAACACACUGGCAGAAGUUGGCCAGCCAGAUGGUGUGUCUGUUGCUCAGAAGGAGGAGGCUCCUGAAACUAUGGACACCAUCCAGGAUGAAGUGGCUCCUCAAGUGAAUGGCGAGAAAGUGGAGAAAGUGUCUGCUGAUGCCAAUGACAUCUCUGCUGUUGAGGAGAAGGCAGCAGAGGAGAAACCUGAUGACGCCAGUGAGGUGGGCUUCAAGAAGAUCUUCCGUUUUGUGGGCUUUAAGUUCACACUGAAGAAGGACAGAAGUGAGGAGAAAGACCCUGUGAAGCUACUGACAGUUAAAGAUAAAGAUGGAGAAGAGGUCAGUGGGGCUGAUGAACCUGCAAAGGAGAAAGAGGAGGAAGCUGCCAAUGCUGAGGAGAGCACAACUAAAGAAAAGGAGGCUGACACAGAGGCAUCCACUGCUGAGACUGAAGUCAGUAAAGAUACUAACAAGUCUGAAACCACUGAUGUCUCAGCUGACAACUCUGCAACUGAAACUACUGAUAAAGCAGUAAAGGAGGAAGGAGCUGAGAAGGAAGGUGAGGUCAGUCCACCUACCCAGGAGACCACUGUUUCCCCCUUCAGGAAGCUCUUUACCAGUGGGCUCUUUUCUAACCUGCGAAAGAAAGCAAGCAUCAAGAAGACAAAAGAGGAGGAAGAGAAGGAGGCAGCUGCUCAGGAGGAGACAGCCAAGACAGAAGAAACUGCUGCUGUGGAAGAUAAGGAGGAGAAGGUUGAAGUGGAGCAAGAAACAAAGGAAGAGGAACCAGUGACUCCAGAGGAAGAAAAAUCAGAGCCCAAGGAAGAAGCACUGGUUACCCCUGAGGAAGAAAAAUCAGAGCCAACCCCAGAGCCUGAGGUCACUGGUGAAACAUCUGCUCCUACAGAAACUCCUACUGAUGAGACCAAACAAGAUAAAGAGCAGGCACCUAGCGCAGAAGAAGAAAAGGUUCCAGCAGAGGUGAUGUCUGAGGCUGAGCUGCUAUCAUCACAGGAGAAGGUGAAGCCACAGGGAAGCCCACUGAAAAAGCUUUUCACUGGAGCUGGCUUGAAGAAACUCUCCACUAAGAAACAGAAGAGCAAGAAAGAUACUGAGACCAAGUUGACUGAGUCUGGGGAGCAGGCGGCUGAGCAACUUCAAUCAUCCACUGAGUCAACAGAGGCUCCAAAAGCUGACAGUGGACCCUCAUCUCCAGAGGAGUCAGGAGAGCAUGUUCUGGCUGUGGAGGUGACCCCAGUGGAGUCCAGCCAAGAAACUGAUGGUGAGGUUACCUCUGAUGGAGAGAAGAAAAAAGAAGGCAUCAUUGCCUGGUCCUCCUUCAAGAAACUAGUGACGCCCAAGAAGCGUGUAAAAAGGUCUUCUGAGAGUGAAGAUGAAGCCACAGGUGAGAAACCAGCAAAGUCGGCCACCCUGUCCUCUUCUGAGAGUGCAGCAUUAGCAGAUAAGAGUGUUGAGGAGGAGGCAAAGGAGGAUAAGCCCACUGAGGAAGAGCCAAAGACUGAAAACACUGAGAAACUGGUAAGCAGCACCGAGGAGCCCAAGAAGAAAAUGGACACCUCUGUCUCCUGGGAGGCUCUAAUGUGUAUGGGUGGACCUAAAAAGAGGACUAGACGGACCUCUGAUUCUGAUGAUGAUGAGACCAAGAUUGACGAGGAUGCUCCAGAAGCAGCAGCAGCAGUAGCAGCAGCAGUAGCAGAUGGAGAGCAGGACGGCAAAGCUGAGAUUGCUCUUGUUACCUCGCAAAACACUGAGAGUGAAGGAGAAGUUGCUUCCUCCCCUGAACCUUUAAACAGCCCCCCUGAAAGAGAGUCAACCUGGGACACCCUGAAACGCAUAGUACUGUCAAAGAAGGCCAAAACUGAGGAAAAGGCUGAGGAAGGCACAGACCAAGUCCAGUCAGACAGUGAAGCACCCAAAGAUGAGUCAUCAUUCUCUUUGAGAAAGUUCUUCCCAGGACGCAGGAAGAAGAAGUCUGAGAAACAAGCCUCCAGUGAACAGCCCUCAGGUGAGGAGGACUCUGACACUCCAGCAGUGGUUCCUCUCUCAGAGUAUGAUGAACAAGUUGAAACUAAAGAGGAGGAGCCAGCAGAGUCAGCUACAGUCCAGAUUACAGUGUCUGCCACUGAAGAUAGAGCUCCUUCCUGGAUCCCAGCUGUCAUCGAAGAUAUUGAGGACAGCCAUGAUCAGCAGCUGAGUGACAUUCCAGAGGAAGGAGAGAACGCUGCCACACCAAAGUCUGUUGACACUGACAUAGCCGAUGAUGAAAGUGAAGACCACCUUACUCUGCCUCCUAAAGCUGUAGGACGCACAGGGCGCAGACUGUCCACAGCUGAGGUGAAACCUGUCGUUCCAGCUCCAGCUGCAGAAACCACUGUUCCUCAGGGACCCAAGUCAGAAAGUGCACAGGAGGUUGUUGAGGGUAUUGAGGCCCAAAUCAAUGAAAUUCCAAUCAAGACAUCAGUUACUACUGAAGAUGUGCCAAUACAGGUAGCCUCUGAAAAUACUGAAUAUGAACCACCAACUGAGAAUGCUGAAUGCACGACGAAUACCAUCCUGGAACCACAUACUCGUAGUGAAGCCAUGGCUAUCUGCACUGGCCUAGGAACCAAGGAGAUUGCCAAAAUAGCUCUGGAGAAACCUGCAAUGCCAGUUGUAGAAUGUGUGGCUGUGAUCCAUGAUGCUCUAAGUACAGAGGUGUCAAUUGAAGAAAAGCCAAUAAAUACUGAGGAAGCCAAUGUUGCAGAAGAUGAAGUGGUCAAUGCCCAAGUCCAUCAAAUAGAAACAACUCAGCUUGGGCAUAUUGUUGAAAAUUCACAGGUUGAAAUGCCAGACAUUCAAGCCGCCACUGAGAGCUGUGAACCUGACAUUGAAAAGGUUGGAAUCAUCAGCACUGUAUUGGAGGAGUCUGAAGUUGUUCAGCCCACGACCACAACAGAGAACUCUCCUAAAGCUGUAGUAGUCAAUCCUAUUACACCAACAUCUGAAACUGCUGUCUGCAUCCAGAGCGUAGAAGUCACUGAGCAAAAUGUGGAAAGCAAGGAAGUGGACAUUGACAUGGAGCAACUUGCUGCUACUGAGGAAAACACCCCUGUAGAAGAAAUAGUCCAAGUUGUGACUAAGGAGAUAUCAUCCACCAUAUGUGAAGCUACAAAAAACACCAUAACCAUUGAGACUGAACCAACCAUUCCUGUAGUUGUACCAAGUGAGGAGAUUCCUGUUAUCACAGAAACAGUGGUCCUUGUAGCUCCGAUCACUGUGGAGUCUGACGAAGUGACAACCUCUGACGUGGUGAUCAUGGAAAAUGCAUCAGUGUCAGAGCCGGUCGGUGAUGAGCCAAUCCAGGUGGAGGAAACCAAGGAGGAGGAGAAGACAGUUGUAGAAAGUGUGGAGGUCACUACCAUUCAAACACCAGAGACAGAGCUAAUUGCUGUCAUUGAGCAGGCCAACGAGGAGAUUGUGGAUAUCAAGGAUGACGUGCAGAAGGCCAGUCAAAUUGAGGCCCAGAGUAUGGUCAUUGCUCAGGCGGUCAUUCAGGAAGCUGUGGAUAAAGUUUCAGAAGAUGCACCUGAACCCAAAAAGCCAACCACCCCAACUGCCACCACCCCAACUGCCACCAUCCCAACACCAGUCCAGGCAGUAGAAACCACAGAGAAAGAGAUUGAGAUCACAACAGAGGCCCCUGUUAUCACCGACACCCCUGUUCCUGUUGUCUGUGAAAAACAAGCACCAAAGUCACCACAGCCACUGCGUGUUGCCGUGGAAGUCAUUGACACAAUUCCAAUAGAGAUCACAGAGAGCCUUGAUGCCUCUGUAGAGGAGGAAAAGAAAUCAGAGGAAGGGUUGAAGAAAGCUGUGGAGGUAAAAGUAAGUGAAGAAACUGUCAUAGUGGAAGAAGUUUUAGAGAUAAAUGCAGAUAUUCCAAAAGGUGAAGAUCUUGAAGAUAUCAAGGAGGAACCGAGCAAGGAAGAAGAAGAUGUAAAAGAAUCAGCUGAAGAAGUAAAACCACAAUCAGAGGAAACCGAGUUAGCCCCUUCAGAGGAGACCAAGGAGAAAGAGAUCCAUACGGCACCCAAAAUGGUUCUGCAGAUAGCACAGGUGGUUGAGGAACUGUCAGUAGAAGAAGAGGCUGUGAUAGAGUUUAACAGUGACGGUCCUAUGGACUCUGAAGACACCAAGGCGGAUGAGGAACCUGCAAGUGAAAAGCAAGUCUCAGAAAGUCUCUCAACGCAGGCAGAAGAACCUCAAGAGGCAGCUUCAACGGAGGAUGCCACUUCCAACCAAGUGACAGAGGCAGCAGCCAGCCAACCAGAGACAGAAAAGUCACCAUCGGGAAAGUGCGCAGAGGUGAUGGCACAGGUGAUCGAGGUGAUUGAGGAGGCUGUGAAGGAGAUCGAGCCUGUGUCCACAGAGAUCACAGCAGCAUCAUGAGCAGCUGAAGAAACAAGACCGAUGCCUGGGAGAUACACAGUCUGGACCAGGAAGUGAAUGAUGAGGGAGAGAGAGAGAGAAAGAGAGAGAGAGCAAGAAAGAGGCUGCUCUGUGAUAACAGGCUGAGACUGGGCUCCAACUUUCACAGCCCAGAGAGACUGAGUGACUGAGCAACAGCUGUGCCAUUCUCUCCAUCUCUACCCGUACCCCAACCCCAUCCUGCAGCCCUGUCACAGCAACGUGAUGUCCCACCGCUAUAUCCUCACCCACUCACUCACUCUCUCACACACACACACACACACACACACACACACACACACACACACACACACACUCACGCAUGUCCUGUGCCUCAGAAGCAUCCCGUCUGGCUUGUAAUCUGUGUGAUGUAUGUUCCUUGUCUCAGUGACUUUCCAAUGCCCUUGCUGUAUAAAGCAAGAGUCUGCAACUUGGACGAGUGUGUAUCUCUGCAUAUGUGUAUGUGUGUGUGCGCGCGCGUGUGUUUAUAUGUGUAUAGUAGCGAGAGUGAGAUUGUGCCAGAAGGUGAAGAGAUGGAGGAUUAUUAUCUUGUAUAUUGUAUUUAUAUCUUGAGUAUUCUUUCAUUCACCCCUUUAUUUUUUCAUGUUUUUUGCCCGAUUUUGUUAUUGUAUGACGUGUUGUUUUUUGUUUUAGUAAGGCUGUGAUACAUCAGGUAUUCUUUUAAGCAACAUGAUGGCGGUCAAUUUAAAGUAUGACACAGUGAAACAUCGAAAAAGUUUCUCGUAAAAAAUUUAUCUGGUAGUAUUUACCAAAAGAAAUUGUUGCAUAAAAAGUGCCCUGUGUAUCAUACCUUAAAUAGUCACAUUCAAAGAUUAUUUCAAGACUCUGUAGCAAUUAUAACUAAACCAAGGUACAAGUGUGAUUCCUCUGUCAGUGUCAAGUGAUAACACUGACUGCAAAUAUCUAAAUAGGAGGGCAGAGAGUGUGAUGUUAUCUACUAGAAAUGCAUCACACGUUUGACUUUUGAAACAUUCAUCUUGUCACAAUUUGUUGCCCCAUUUGCACCUCACCCAAACUUUAUCUUCAUGUAGAUAAGAAAAACAAUCACUGCCUGAUUUACUGUGAAAAAAAAAUAUUGUUACACAUUGUUUCAUGUAAUAAUACAAUAAAAUUCUAUAAUAACACUCUCAUUUGAUCAUGUGGCAGAGAUAUUUGGUAUAUAGUGAUGUGCAGCAGAUACAUAUGCCACUUUUUGACACUGGAUGAGUCAUACUGGGUAGACACGUGCAUGUGAGAAACAUACAAAGCAUAACGUGCACAAAUUUAAUGUGUGAUUUAUGUAUUUUUGAUGUGUGGCAGUUUAACUGAGAUUUAACAGCUUCUGUACUACACUAUGUUUAUGCCUCCUGAUGGAAAGAAAGUAUGUUGACGCCCUCUGUUGCCUACAGAAAGUAGUACACCUUUUAGUUGUUCAUUGAUGUAAACAACGUCAACUGUAUUUUUUGUAACAGGAGUGAUAAAAUAUGCUAGACCUGCACUAUGUCCACUAUGUGUCCAUCACCCAGCAUGAUAGCUCAGAUUCAUUAAGCUGGCACCAGGGAGGACGUAGGCUUGGUUAGAGAGGGGCAGACGCAUGGUACCAUGUGAGAUGAAAACAAAGCUUUUACUCUUAAUUUAAAAGCCAAAUCUAAUUAGGAUAAAUCAGGGUCAUGGCCUUUCCAUUGCUCACAGGAUAAGACAUCAGUUGCAUCCAAUUAUAUUCUACUCAGCUACUUUCAUUCACUCAUAAAACCUAAGUCAUAUGGUCAGGGGGUUCUUUUGCAACUGUAUUGGCAAGGUUGGUGUUAUAUUUUGGAUGGAUGAAUAUCUAAACCAUUCCUGGGACCUAGUUUUUCCACCAAAGCAAACAUGUGACCACGGGUUACACUGGUUUUAGUUUGAUUCAAACCAAAUUUGACAAACUUGCAUUGUGUCAGUCAUUCGGACAUCACGAGAAUUAAGUGUGAGUGCUUCUAUUUAGAUGUUGAAUCAGUGGCUAUAAAAGCUCACAUUUCAUUAAGCUUUAUGACCAAAUGAGAAAGAUCAGGAAGUUUGGACCCCUGUUAGGUCAUGACUUACCUUUACUUUCACUUGAUAGGGUGUGUCACAUCCAUACUUGCUUUAUGUAAAAUAAAUGAUUAAACAAGAGAUAGUGGACUUAAAUAUUUGCUAUUGUUGCAUAAUGUAAAGCAUUUAGUUGGGGCACUGGCCCACCUUCAGUCCUCCCUGCUUUUUGUAACCCACUUAACUGUGAACCUGUUAACAUUUGUACAGAUUGUAUACCUAUGUACUUACAAAUCAUAUUGUUGUAAUAAUAACUAUUAACCUGCAGCCAUUUAUCAUAAUAUUCAUGUAGCAUGGUCUUGUCUUUUGUAUUUUCCAUGCUGUUAAUAGUAAGGAUGCAGAAACUUGUCUAUAUUUCAUUCAAUAAAGUAAGAGAAAAUUGG